UCAUCCUGAAGAACCACCUUAUGUACCAUCUCAAAGUUAUUCUCCAGCUAACCGCCAAACUCCUUCCCUUCCACCUAGCGCAGCUCCUCCCCACCAGCAGUUCUAUGGAGCUCCCCCGCACAUGUAUGAGCCGCCAUCUAGCCGGCCUGGUCCAGGAUUUUCUGGGACAUACGGCCCAGCCUCUGUUUCUGGGGAACAAUAUUUGUAUGGCGGUUCAUCAUCCCAGUAUGGCAGUGGAUCACCUGCGAAAUCUCAGCAGCUUUCCUCUCCUGUCAUUGGCCAUGGUGGUGGAAGUGGUUAUCCACAGCUUCCUACCGCACGGAUUUUACCUCAAGCAAUACAACUGCCUCUGGGUCAGUGGUGGCUCUGGUUCUUCAGGUUCUGGAAACAGGGUUCCCGUUGAUGAUGUGGUUGACAAGGUGACAAAUAUGGGAUUUCCGAGAGAUCAGGUGCGAGCAACAGUCCGGAAAUUGACAGAGAAUGGGCAAUCCGUUGAUCUUAAUGUGGUGUUAGAUAAAUUAAUGAAUGAUGGGGAAGUCCAGCCUCCACGAGGCUGGUUUGGUCGGUAACUCAUCUUUUUCUGAUGUGUGUUCAUGUACAGAAGGUUGUUGGGGCAGCCAUUUGCUGAAAGAAAUAUCUGUUUGGAUCUCGGGGGGCACUUUUGGUUACUGUUUCAUAAUUUUUGGGUACUAAUGAUGGCUGUGCAUCUCUUAGACUGUUAUUCUUGCCUCUUUGCUUGUGGCGCAUGAAUCGGCGGCGUCAUAUCCUUUCCUUUCUUUGCCCCGUGGCGUUAUUGGCGUUGGUGAUAUUCAGUGUGCACUCUGUAAAGCAGACACUGAAGGCAUUCAUCGAGUCAAUUUGAUUUGUCAAGGCGUUUAGGCAGCAAAAUGAACUUCUCACCUUUUCGUUUUUUUUUUUUUUUUUUUUUUAAACAUUUAUGAUGUUGUUUUCAGAAAUAACUUCGAAGAAGAUUUCCAUAAUGUCUAUAAAGAUUAUCUCAUGAAAUACAGGUGAAAGAAAUUAACCACA